AUGCAAGUUUAUGCGGGAAUCGGUUACGUAUAUGGGCUGCAUAAUUUCAGCGUCGGGAAUUCAACCCACAGAAGAGAAGGUCGAAGCAGUGAAGAAUGCACCACGCCCGAGAAUUCUACGCUGCUGAGAUCAUUCCUGGGAAUGGCGAAUUACCAUGGCAAGUUCAUCAAGAAUCUAAGUACAAUUCUUCAUCCUCUUAAUCGGUUGCUGCAAAAGGGGUGUGAGUUCAAGUGGUCACCUGAAUGCGAGAGAGCAUUUCAAUCGACAAAGAACUCCCUUUCGUCAGCCAACGUCCUGGUGCAUUACAACCCGGAAUUACCACUUAUCUUAGAAUGUGAUGCAAGUCCAUAUGGCGUUGGUGCGGUCAUUUCCCAUCGGUUCCGUGAUAACAUUGAAAGACCCAUAGCAUACGCAUCGCGGUCAUUGAAUGCUGCCGAGAAGAAUUACAGUCAAAUCGAGAAAGAAGGUCUGGCGAUAGUUUUUUGGAUUGUCCAAAUUCUACAUGUAUCUUUACACAAGGAAGUUCACGUUAUAUACUGAUCAUAAACCCUUGUUGAAGAUAUUUGCACCUGAUUCAGCCACCCCAGUUCUGGCAGCAGCGCGUUUACAACGUUGGUCACUACUCCUGUCAUCCUAUCAGUAUGAAAUCCGCCACAAGUCUUCUGCUGACAUCGCGAACGCAGACGCUCUGUCCAGACUCCCACUAAAGUACCGGGCUGAUGCCAGUGUAGAAGAACGUAUAUUCAGCAUCUCGGAUCAGCAGCUGAAUUGCCAUCCAGUCUCCGCUAAACAGAUCGCUAGAGAGACAGCCCAUGAUAAAGUUCUGUGUAAGGUGUUUACUUUUACGCAACACGGUUGGAGUCAAACCUGCGACGAUCUAGAUUUGAAGCCAUACUUCAAUCGUCGCAAACGAUAUUUCCAUUGA